AUGACGUUCUUAUCCUCCUAUGGGUACUGUAUGGGUCUUGAUUUGGACUGUGACGACUUCGUGCGGUCGGAAGAUCGUGAAAUGGAAGAGUUCAUGGAGAAGUUCCACAGAGAAUCCGGAGAGUCGCCUCCUUAUACGCCUGAACUUUUGCCGCUUGGACCAUUUGAUCAACCCUACAGUCCUAUGCGAGAGCUCGCUGAUACUUUGAACGAGCAAUACGUGAGUUAA